CACUCCUUACUUCUCAACAUCACCAUCCUAUCAAUCCUAUUCCCUUUCCAUCAUCGUCUUCCACUGCUUUUUCUUCCAUGGCUUCCAAUUCUUCUUCCCCUUUUCCUGUUACCGCUCAAAAUAUCAACCCACAGGUUCUGAAAUGUCAGUAUGCUGUUCGAGGAGAGAUUGUUACACUUGCUCAGAAUUUGCAAAAACAUUUGCUGGCCAAUCCAGACGCUCAUUCUUUUGAUGAGAUAAUUUACUGCAACAUUGGAAAUCCUCAGUCUCUUGGCCAGCAGCCAAUAACUUUUUUCCGAGAGGUUCUUGCAUUAUGUGACUAUCCAGCUCUUUUGGACAAAAGUGAAACUCAGGGUUUGUUCAGUGCUGAUUCAAUAGAACGAGCUUGGCAGAUUGUGGAUCAGAUUCCUGGGAGAGCAACGGGUGCCUAUAGUCAUAGUCAGAGGUGUUAAUCCGGUUUACUUUAUGCGAGAUACUCUUGCUUUGGGCCGAUUAAAGAUUCCCACCGAUUACUUUGAUGAAUUCAAGUGUGCAUUUUAUACAAAGGAUCAAGUGGACGAAAUCAAAGAGGAGUGGUGUCAAUUCAUGAUAGAGCUCAAUGUUUGUUCAUAAAUUUGUGUAAUUAAUGUGUACAUUUGUAGUAUAUGUUAUGACUUGUAAAUGUGUACAUAAAUUUGUAUAUAUUUUGAUACAUUUAAGGCAAAAUUGGUUUGAAUUGGUAUAUA